CGGCCCCCCUCCCGGCGCAGGGGCAGGCCGGGGCGGGGGGCCCCGGAGCCGGCGCGGCCUCCGCCCCGUCGGGGAGACCAGGGGGCCGCCAGGUUGGAGCGAUGCCGGACGGCGGCGGCGGCCCCGGCUGGGGCCGGUGACCAUGGGCAUCGCCGAGUCCACUCUGGACGAGCUGCCGUCGGACGCGGAGGAGCAGCUGCGCCACGGCGAGCAGCAGCUGGAGCUGAGCGGGAAGCGGUUACGGCGGCUGCCUAGCGCCGUUUGCGCCCUGAGCCGCCUGGAGAAACUGUACGUGAGCGGCACGGGGCUGCGUGAGCUGCCGGAGGAGAUCGAGGAGCUGCGUGAGCUGCGCAUCCUGGCACUCGACUUCAACAAACUCGAGCGCCUGCCCGACGGCCUAUGUCGCCUGCCGCGCCUCACUCGCCUCUACCUGGGCGGCAACCGGCUGCUGGCGCUGCCCAACGACUUCUCACAGCUGCAGAGCCUGCGCUGCCUCUGGAUCGAGGGCAACUUCCUGCGGCGCUUCCCGCGGCCGCUGCUGCGCCUGGUGGCGCUGCAGUCGCUACAGAUGGGCGACAACCGGCUGCGCGCGCUGCCCGCCGAGCUGCCGCGCAUGACGGGCCUGCGUGGCCUCUGGCUCUACGGCAACCGCUUCGAGGUGUUCCCGCCCGCGCUGCUGCGCAUGGGCCGCCUGCACAUCCUCGACCUGGACCGAAACCGCCUGGGCGGCUUUCCGGACCUGCACCCGCUGCGCUCCCUGCGCGUCUUCUCCUACGACCACAACCCGGUUACUGGUCCUCCGCGUGUCGCAGACACUGUUUUCCUCGUGGGCGAGGGCGCCGUCGAGCGCAUGGCGGAGCGCGACGAGCCCAUCCCCCGGCCUCCACCUCGGCGCCGGGCUCGGGCCUUUGAGGACGAGGAGGAAGAAGACCUGCUCAUAGGGGGCGGUGGUUCCAGGGCUCUGGGGCCCCCCGGGGGCAGCCUCCGCGCCCUGGAUGCCGCUCCAGGACUGGGCACCUGAGCCUGUGCUCUGGGAGAUGGGCUCCGGCCACUCUGGGAGGAGGUGCUCUGGGAAGGUCUUUGGAAGCGGUGGGCAGAGGAGGGGCGACUUUGGGUGAGCUGCAGAGGAUAGGCAGUCCUGGGGGCCAUCUUCAGACAUCUGCCUCC